UAAUUUCAACAUGGCGCCCGGUUGUGCGGAGUGUGUAUGUGUGUGAAAGUGCAGUGAAAUUAUGUUAAAAUAUCAAGUGUUUUUAGUGAUAAAUUUAGUGUUUAAGUGAAAAGUGUGUGCAUUCAUGCAGCGGUUUUCCUAUAAUGGCUUUGGAUUUACGCCUGCACUCUCCUGCAGGCGCAGAACCUGUUGUUUAUACAUGGCCCCUCACUUCAGGUCAUGGUUCGGACAAACACGAUGGGGCUCUAGAAAUAGUAGAAACAAUAAGGUGGGUAUGCGACGAGGUUCCGGACAUGAAGGCCGCCCUCGAGAACAACAUCCUGAGCGACUACGAUACCCACUCGUACGAGAGCAUGCGAGCUCUCUGCGACCGCUACAACCGCGCCAUCGACUCUGUCGUCGCAUUGGAGAAGGGGACAUCACUGCCAGUUCAGCGUCUGACCAAGUAUCCAUCUCGAGGGCUGCUAAAACACAUACUCCAGCAGACGUAUAACCAAGCCGUCGCAGACCCGGACAAGCUCAAUCAAUACGAGCCCUUCUCACCGGAGGUAUACGGUGAGACGUCAUACGAACUGAUAGCUCAAAUGAUCGAUCAGAUCGAUAUCACAUCGGAGGAUGUGUUCGUGGACCUAGGCUCGGGCGUGGGGCAGGUCGUGUUGCAGAUGGCGGCCGCGACCCCCUGCCGGAUCUGCUUCGGAGUCGAGAAGGCGGAGGUGCCGAGCAAAUACGCGGAGUGUAUGGAUUCAAACUUCAAAAUGUGGAUGAGGUGGUAUGGCAAAAAGUAUGGAGAGUAUAAAUUAAUAAAGGGCGACUUUCUGAUGGACGAACACAGAGAAAAGAUAAACGCCGCGACGAUAGUGUUCGUGAACAACUUCGCCUUCGGGCCCCACGUGGACCAUCAGCUCAAGGAGAGAUUCGCGGACUUGAAGGACGGAGCGAAGAUCGUGUCGUCCAAAAGCUUUUGCCCACUCAACUUUAGGAUAACAGACAGAAACCUCAGCGACAUCGGCACGAUCAUGCACGUCAGCGUCAUGUCGCCGCUGAAGGGCUCCGUGUCGUGGACGGGGAAGCCAGUCUCCUACUAUUUACACAUUAUAGAUAGGACCAAAUUGGAGAGAUAUUUUCAAAGACUGAAAAAUCCGAAACUCAAGGGCGCGGCCGAGGAGGAGGGCAUGGGCAAGCGCAACCUGAGCGCGCCGCCGACGCGGCAGCCGACGCCAGACCUGCUCAACGGCAACAGCAACCACAGCUCCGCCUCGCUGCCCGAGCGCCGCCGCAAGGUCACCCGGCCCCGGCCCCGGCCCCAACCUGGCAGGGGCGAGGCGGGGCGGACUCGGGCGCGCGCGGCGGCGGCCAAGCGGCGCGUGGCGGCGCGGCGGAGCAGCGACGACAGCGACGACGACUCGUCCGCCACCGACGACGCGCCCGGCCCCGAGCCCGCGCCGCGCGAGUGGGGCGCGCCCUGGGCCUCCAGCUCCGACUCCAACCGCAGCCGGCGCGGCACGAGCAAGCGCAGCGCGUCGGCGGGCGGCGCGCGGCGGCGGGCGGCGCGCAGCAGCAAGCGACGCCGCGCCGCGCCGCAAGCCAUCGCCGGCCUCGACCUGCUGCACUCCACCACCCUCGCCUCCACCGAGCGCAGCGGCGCGGAAACGGCCCCGCCGCCAGGCUGCGUAGGUCAGCGCCUGUCGGCCCUGGGCGGACUGCAGCCGGCCGAGCGCCUGCACUCGGAGCUGGACAUCCCGCACUCGCCGCACACGCCCUACAGCUUGCAGCUGUUGCUCGACAUGUUCCGCGACCAGUACCUCUCCUUCAUACAGCGCAUGAACUCGCCCGAGUUCGCGCACGAGAUCCGGCACCAGAUCGACAAGGAGAAGGAGCGUAACCAAAAGCUAAAAUCGCGCGCGUCGCAACUGGACAAACAGAUCAACGUGCUAAUAAGCGACAGCGUGGCGCUGCUGAAGGCGCGCAUGACGGAGCUCGGCAUCCACGCCAACAACACCGUGGACCUGCUGGCCAAGGCCAAGGAGAUCGUCGGCCGCCACAAGGAGCUGCAGAGCAAGGCCAGCAAGCUGCAGCAGCAGGUGAACAACAUAGAGGCGGAACAGGCUAUGCUCGUUAAACAAAGAACAUUUGAAAUAACAGAAAAGUAUCGCCAAUUAGGUCACAUACCGCCAGACAUCGAGAUCACUCAGAACAUGGCACACGACUGCAUCCUUAGAGAGAUAACGGCCACGCUAGCUCACCGGAAAAGAUUACAAGCUCAAGUCGGACAUUUACAAGGAGAAAUAAUUCAAAUGGAAAGAGCGAGCGAGCAUCAGAAGGUGAAUCCGCCGUCCGUUCCCGUUGCUACUGUAAAACCUCAUACGGUGAACUCGAAACCGCGCAAGUCUCGAGAGCAUCGCUCGCGCUCGCAAGAGUGGCCUGACGUGCCCGACAUGGGCAAGAUUGAGGAGCAAAACCCGGAGCUUCUGGCGCAGAAGAUUCUGGAAACCGGACGGCAGAUUGAGGCGGGCAAGAAGACUCCUCACGUGAUCGUGAACGGGUACCUGCGCGAGGAUGGCCGCGGCGGGGUCGGGGGCGGGGGCGGGGAGUCCCCGAGGCCGCGGCCGCUGCACCGCGCCGCCCCGCAGCCCCCGCGGCCCGCGCGCGCGCGCUCGCCCGGCAAGCCCCUCAACGUCGUCGGCAAGGUGCAGGAGUCCCCCAAGGUCAUCAACUUUGAAGACCGCCUCAAGAGCAUUAUCACCUCCGUGCUCAAUGAGGAUCAGCUUUGGGAAAUGGAUGUAUACAUACAAGAGCAACGUAAAGCGUCGCGGCAGCCGCCAACUCCAAAUCACGCAUAUAGUAACGGCUACGUGCGGCAGCCGGCGCAGCAACCCCACCCGCACCAGCACGCGCAGCACUCGCAGCACUCGCAGCACUCGCAACACGCGCAGCACGCGCAGCACGCGCAGCACCCGCCGCACACGCCGCACUCCCCGCACGGGUACUCGCGCGCGCCCACGGCGGCGCCGGCCUUCCCGCGCUCGCGCGACCACCGCCGCGACCGCUACUCGCACGCGCAGUACGAGCGGCGCGCACACCUCGAGCGCGACCUGCGCCACCAGCCCGACUACACGCAGGUAUCGCCAGCGAAGCUAGCAUUGCGGCGUCAUCUGUCGCAGGAGCGCCUGGCCGCGCCGGCGCCGGCGCGCACCAUCGGCGACCUGGUCAACGGCGAGAUCGAGCGCACGCUCGAGAUCUCCAACCAGAGCAUCAUCAACGCCGCCGUGCACAUGUCCGCGCGCUACCAGGACCCGCCGCACCAGCCUCACCAGCCGCACCAGCCUCACCAGCCGCACCAGCCGCUCGAAGGUCUAGCGGCGUGCCUGCAAGCGCGCGUGCUGGCGUCGGAGUACUGGCGCGGGCGCAACGGGGGCGGCGUCCCGCCCGGGCCCUCGCCGCCGCCGGACCCGCACUCCAACACGUCCACGCCGCUCGUAGACGAGUUGCCCGACGCGUCGAGGCCCAACGAAGGCGAAGGCGGCGAGGAGGUCGAGGAGAGCAAGUGGCAGGACCGGAUAGACUUUCGCUUCGACCAGAUAAUAUCGUUCGCGUCCACCGCGAUCGACGACAAGCGGCGGCGGUCGGACGAGGCCUACAACACGUCGCCCGACUCCGGCAUCGGGCACGGCGACACGCGGCCCGGCGCGCCGGGGGCGGCGGCGGCGGGGACGGGGACGGGGACGGGGACGCGCGCGGCGCCGCCGGGCCCUGCGCCGGCGCCGGACGCGACGCAGGCGCAGGCGCAGGCGCACCACUUCAAGAAGCGCUUCUUCCGGCGCGAGCGCUGGGACGCGUGGUCGGGCGCGCCGCCGCCCGGCGCCGUGGACUGGGAGCGGCCGGCGAUGUGACGGCCGCGCACCUAGCGCUGCCUGGAGUGCCGCUUCCUCCACCCUGCCCCCCGGGGCCCGCUCUAGACUAAUUUCUAUCGGACCGCCGCCGACGAGGACGCGGCGGAUCUAUGUAAAUAGUGCCCCGCGAGUCGCGAGCGCUUUUCGCGCGGCGCCCGAAGUCGGCCGCUUUCGUGCCGACCGUGACGGGUUUUUUUUUUGUUAUUUUUUUUUCGAAUAUAUUAUAAUGUAAUUAUGUAUAUUAUUGAGUUUAUCUUAUGUUUAAGAAUUGUAAUUAUAAUAAUUAUAAGUUUACGCGGCCGUUCCAUUCGGGCGCUUCGUAGGUCGACGGCACCUCGACGGAUCGUAUUUCAUGUGUUCAUUUAGGUCCUAGAUUCUGAAAUACGCGGUUCGCUAGUGAUGCGGCGGUCGUUUUUUCGCCGGUCAUUCGAUGAAUGUUUGUUGUUUUAUGAGUUUUAUUUUUUGACGUUACGGAUGGCUCAGUCUGAAUAAUGUUAAUCAUUUCUUUGGGGAAUCUUAAGAAAUAGUGUGUAUCGAUAGCGAGUUGUACAUAUUAUGAACGUAGACUAUUGUAAGUGAUGUAUGUGAAAGAUCAUUGUGUAGUCUCGUUUGAUGCAUGUAAUACUGACAGCUGACUGGCGCCAAAUACUGCCUGAAACUGCAGUUGUUGCCUUAGCCGCAUUCGUAAUGAUAUUUAUUACAUUGCGACGACGUUCGUUUUUUAUUAAAUCUACAAAGAAAGAAGCAAUAACUUACACGAAUUAGGUUUCUGUAUUACCUCGGUAUGGGUCGACUAGAAAAUUAGUUUUAUGUCAGCGCAAUUAAAAAUAAAAACUAGCUUGUAUUAGCUUUUAAAUAGGAUUAUGAUGUACUCUUUCAGCCAAAAGUUUCUUAGCACUAGCAUGGGUGGUCUGACAUAAUAACUGUGAUGUUUUAUAUAUGAAACUGGAUCAGAUUGAUCUAAACAUGAUUAACUGUAAUAGACCGGCAGCAAGAUUGUAGUCCUUUUCUUUAUGUGUGCACGUAUACGUGUUUAUAACAGCUGAACUAGCAUUAUAGGGUGCUGUUUUUUUUUCUUAUUAGAAUUAUUGCGUACGUCUAAAUUGUAUAGUGCCAAAUGAUCAUGUGGUCUUUUAGAAAGUAUAAAUUUUUUUGUAAGAUAAAAUGUACAUUUUAAUUUGAUUUUGUUAAUUUUGCAUGGAAACGCAUAAUUUUAUUAGGUUUGAUUUUUUAAAAUGCGGCUCUACCAAUCGUGGCUACAUUGUUUUAGCAAUGUUUUAAAGUUACAGCAAGCUUAUACUAUUAUACUAUUAGCUUCGUUUUUUCACAGGAUCGGGUAAUACAUUAUGAGAUGCGUUAAAACAUUAACACAAACAAUGAUUGUUCUCAGUUCCUAGAACAAUCUUAUACGUUUUAGACACGCCGCGGCCACAGCUAUGAAACGCGUAAGGAGUUCACUUUUAAAAUAUUUAGAUCAAUACGGUUUCACUCACUAUUAUUUUUAGUCGCUUUUGGCGACAUGUUCCUAAAAUAAUAGUGAGUGAAACCGUAUUGAUAUUUUGAAAUAUGUCUCACGAUAGUUUAAUUUCGACUUCGCUUUUCAUCAUCAAGGAACUGCCACUUUAUACCCUCAAUGAAAAAAAGUCUUCACUAGUAAUUGUUUAGAUUUAAUGGCCGCGAAAAAUACGUAUCAAUGGGGUUGGCAACUGUCAAAGGUUUGCAGAGAGGGCGCCAUCAUAGCUUGCCUCUUUUUCUAUGAGAUUUGGCUUAAAGGGCUGACAUCCAGGGCGUUUAAAAAACAAAAAAUUGACACAAUUCUAGGGAUUGACAGGGCAAGCUAUGCUGGCGCCAUCUGCUAAUUAUUUCGACAGGCCAACCCCAUUAGGCAAAAUGUUCCGAAACCCAUAUUGUUUAAUAGGUAAGGGAAUCCCAGAAGUAAGUUGAAAAACCUAAGUGUUCAUGUCUUCAUAAGUUCAUUCUUUUUUAUAGUUUAAAAAUGUAUCUGUCUAAAUCAGGGGUCGGCAACAGGCGGCCCGCAAACCUCUCACUUGCGGCCCGCGAGCCUCUAUGUCUAUUUUGUAUGUAAUAUCAAAGAGGAUAUAAUAACGGAGUUAUAUUUAUCUUUGGUAAUAUUGACAAACGACAGUGUCUGAUAAAGUCACAGAAUAUUAACACAGUGCGGCCCGCUUCGACUUCGUUACCAACUACGUGGCCCUUGGCUGCUAAAAGGUUGCCGACCGCUGGUCUAAAUGGAUUUUAUUGUCUUAUUUCCGUUCACUGAUUUUAUUACCAUUUUAAUAACUUAGAUUUUUCAUAUGGCUGAAACAUGUUUUAAUGUUAAUUGCAAGUAUAGAAUUGGAAGGUGUUAUAUUUAACUGAAAUGUAUACAAAAGGAAAGCUACUCACUGCCAUCAUCGGGUAUUAGCUUAGAGCAUAUAAAAUAGUUAAUUAUUUAGGUGAAUUAUAUUUUUACCAUGUACUUAUUUCUGGGACAACCCAAAGAAUAGAUCGGCUAGCAAAUUUUAGUGUAGGUCUACAAUAUGUACAACUAUUUUCAUAAAUAAAUAGGAGAUAUGAGCGAUUGUAGUUGCAGGUUGAAAGUCGGUGUAUGCCAGGCAACGUUGCACGUAUUGAGUUAUAAAGCAUAGGUACCUGUUCAUAAACAAUUCACACUACACUUACUUCAACAAGAAUCUCUCUGCUGGUAUUAAAUCAAAAACAUAUUUUCCUAGUAAAAUACUUCAUUGACUAUCUUAAUCUUGUUUCGCUUAAGAACAAUACAAGUAUAUAUUGCAAGUGUUAAAUAUUUAUGAACAGGCCGCGUCCACACUGCUUUUUCGGUCCCGAGUCGUGCACCGAACACAUUUACACGGCGCCACGCGGCGGACGAAGUUCGGUGGACGUGCUCGCACGUAGUGGUUAUACACUUUAAGCGCCAAAAAGGGACAGACACAAUUAAGUAAUUUCGCCCACUUGGACUAAUCCGCCUUCUAGAAUUAAGAGUUCCAUACUGGAAGAUAUGAUGUCUAUCAAGCGAAAUAUUUUAUAAAUCUAAUAUUUUGAUAGAAUUCUGCGAGUUUAUGUAACAAUGGGAUAGGUAGUUCUUGUUAAAACAUUCUUGACAAAACUAACCUUUUUUAUAUAUGUUUUACACCGUUGUGUAGCAUAUUUAUUUGGAAAUUAAGAAGUUGUUUUAUUACUUCAUUGAAUUCAAUUGGAUGUGCACCUUUAUUGUACCUAUUGUUACAGGUAAAUAUUGCCACAACAUUGUUGUGUAUUGUUAUGGGUAAUUAUAGUAACAUGGUAAUAAUAAUUAAGAGACCACGAACGAUAUUGGGCUUAGUGAAUGAGAUUUUCAAGAUUUAAUGUUUGUAAUACAGAAACGACUCUUAUGAUAUUACACGCUAUAAGUGCAGCUGAAAAAUAUUUGGUGAUAGUCUGUUUUUCUGGCGUCGUUUUUUGUAUUUUGAGCAUUGGACUGCACUGGUUUGAUUGUGCCUGAAAAAACUCAUUAAUGCCGCUCCAAACCUCAAAAUUAUGUAUUUGAUGAAUACUUUUUAAGAUUCGGAAAGUGUGUUGUAAGUUAGUGUUAUGUCAACAUGUGUUGACCAAUUAUACUCUCAGAGAGUGAUAACAUUAUUCAGGUUUGGGUAAGUUUUAUUUUUUUAUGGGGAAAUGAGCUAUUGUGUGAGGUCAUAGUGUCUAAAAUAGUACAAAUGAGAAGACUUAUUGUGGUAAGGCUCGGACUAUUCAACAUUGCAAAUGCUAGGUUUGAGAUGUAUCCCUGUGUACUAGUUUUAUUUUGUACUAAAAGUUAAAAUAAAUUAAUAAUUAUAAUCA